AGAAGGCUGCCCUCUGCUCUUGAGCACGGGCUCUCUGUAGCUCUGGACCCCCUGGCAGGACUGAAGCAGGAGCAGAGUGGAGGCUGUUACCAAGACCAGAUCAUCACCACCCCUGGAGCCUGCAGGGGUCUCAGAAGCUGAGACCUCCCACUGAAUCUCCCACCUCAUUUCCUCCACACAGCCCCUGACUUGUGGCAAUGCCAAUCUGUGCCUCAGUUUUCUCUUUGGAAAACCUCUGCCUUCUUUCCAGACUUUUUGGAAAGAUGAGAAUUUGAAGGGGUCUGUGCCUCUACCUACCUAGAAACAAAGCCAGCCCCCAAGCUGGAAAAGGAGCUCCUAGAAGGAACUUCCCUUCCCAGCCUUCCCAGCUGGAGUCUCAUCCUUCUGAGGAGGGUCAGCCUGGAGCAUGCAUCAGGACGGGAUCAGCAGCAUGAACCAGCUUGGGGGGCUCUUUGUGAAUGGCCGGCCUCUGCCUCUGGAUACCCGGCAGCAGAUUGUGCGGCUAGCAGUCAGUGGAAUGCGGCCCUGUGACAUCUCACGGAUCCUUAAGGUAUCUAAUGGCUGUGUGAGCAAGAUCCUAGGGCGUUACUACCGCACAGGUGUCUUGGAGCCCAAGGGCAUUGGGGGAAGCAAGCCACGGCUGGCUACACCCCCUGUGGUGGCUCGAAUUGCCCAGCUGAAGGGUGAGUGUCCAGCCCUCUUUGCCUGGGAAAUCCAACGCCAGCUUUGUGCUGAAGGGCUUUGCACCCAGGACAAGACUCCCAGUGUCUCCUCCAUCAACCGAGUCCUGCGGGCAUUACAGGAGGACCAGGGACUACCGUGCACACGGCUCAGGUCACCAGCUGUUUUGGCUCCAGCUGUCCUCACUCCCCAUAGUGGCUCUGAGACUCCCCGGGGUACCCACCCAGGGACCAGCCACCGGAAUCGGACUAUCUUCUCCCCAAGCCAAGCAGAGGCACUGGAGAAAGAGUUCCAGCGUGGGCAGUAUCCUGAUUCAGUGGCCCGUGGAAAGCUGGCUACUGCCACCUCUCUGCCUGAGGACACGGUGAGGGUCUGGUUUUCCAACAGAAGAGCCAAAUGGCGUCGGCAAGAGAAGCUCAAGUGGGAAAUGCAGCUGCCAGGUGCUUCCCAGGGGCUGACUGUACCAAGGGUUGCCCCAGGAAUCAUCUCUGCACAGCAGUCCCCUGGCAGUGUGCCCACAGCAGCCCUUCCUGCCCUGGAACCACUGGGUCCCUCCUGCUAUCAGCUGUGCUGGGCAACAGCACCAGAAACGUGUCUGAGUGACACCCCACCUAAAGCCUGUCUCAAGCCUUGCUGGGGCCACUUGCCCCCACAGCCGAAUUCCCUGGACUCAGGACUGCUUUGCCUUCCUUGCCCUUCCUCCCACUGUCCCCUGGCCAGUCUUAGUGGCUCUCAGGCCCUGCUCUGGCCUGGCUGCCCACUACUGUAUGGCUUGGAAUGAGGCAGGAGUGGGAAGGAGAUGGCAUAGAGAAGAUCUAAUACCAUCCUGCCCAUUGUCCUUACCGUCCUGCCCAUACAGACUGUGGCUCCUUCCUCCUUCCUGUGAUUGCUCCCUCCUGUGUGGACGUUGCCUGGCCCUGCCUCGAUGCCUCUCUGGCGCAUCACCUGAUUGGAGGGGCUGGUAAAGCAACACCCACCCACUUCUCACACUGGCCUUAAGAGGCCUCCACUCAGCAGUAAUAAAAGCAGUUUUUAUUAGCAGUAGUUCUGUUGUCCAUCAUGUUUUCCCUAUGAGCACCCCUAUGCCCACUCUAAUAUUCAACAAUUAUAGACAAUUUGCCCUAUCAUUUAUUUACAUCUAUGUAUCUACCAUCUAAUCUAUGCAUGUAUGUAGGCAAUACAUGUAUCUAAACAAUGUAUUUGUCAAUGCAUCAAUUUACCUACUCUAUGUAUGCGUCUAUAUGUGUAUUAUGUAUGUAUGCGUGCAUGCGCGCGCGCACACACACACACACACACACACACUGAUAUUAUAUCAUGGCAUUUUAUUCCUAAAUCUUCCAGCAUGCAUCCCCAAAAAACAAGAAACUUGUCUUACAUAAUCACAAUAAUAUAUCCACAUCUAAGAAAAUUUACUGUAACUUCUUAAUCUAAAAUAUUAUGUAUUUUUGUCAUAUGUAUUUUGUCAUAUGUAUUUUGUAUUUGCAUAUGUAUUUUUGUCAUAGCAGCAAACAGAGUGAAAUGCCAUUUUUCAUAUUCU